AUGAUUGAAAAAGAAGGCAGCAUGCUUUGCGAUUUAGCCAAGAUGGAGCACUUGGAUUUAGAAGGAUUUAUAUAUUAUCGGUCUCUGAAACAGAUAAAGAUGAUUUAUUGUGCCUUAGUUGGCGAAGUCUUUGUGGAUGAACAAACAAAGAUUGUAAACAAAAACAAGAUACCAAACGUUGGCAAGUGGUGCAAAUUCAGUGCAUCACGCAAUGUUUGAUU